GGAUUUUUGAAUGAAAUGUUUGAAAGAACAAAGAACAGAACAACAAGUGGUGUAAGCCAAAGUUCAGAAUAUAGCAGCGUUAUGACGUCAGAGGAUAGUGGAGAGCUGCUGAGUGCCAGAUCGGAAACAUCACUAGCAUCUGGUAUUUCAUCGCUAUCGACACCAAGACCUCAACACUUUGUCGUCGUUGCGGUGGAUUUUGGAACAACUUACAGUGGUUAUGCAUUCAGCUUUGUGCAUCGUCCUGAUCAAAUCCAUAUGAUGCGCAGAUGGUCAGGUGGGGAUCCAGGAAUUAGCAACCAGAAAACUCCAACUACCAUUCUACUGAAACCGUCGGGUGCUUUUCAUUCAUUUGGAUUCGAAGCGCGAGAUUUCUACCAUGAUCUUGACCCACAGGAAGCGAGGAACUGGUUUUAUUUUGAAAGAUUCAAGAUGGCGUUGCAUUCAAACUUGAAACUGAGCAAAACAACUCAACUCGUUGCAGCAAAUCAGAAAACGAUGCCAGCAAUUCAAGUCUUUGCCCACGCGCUGAGAUUCUUCAGACAACACGCAUUACAGGAACUCUCCGAUGAACUCGGUACGCGCAUGCGCACUAGCGAUGUCAGGUGGGUCGUGACAGUCCCAGCUAUCUGGCGCCCUCAAGCAAAACAAUUCAUGAGAGAAGCAGCAUAUCAGGCUGGACUUGCAAGCGAGGAUAAUCCGAGUCAACUAGUUAUAGCGUUAGAACCGGAAGCGGCGUCAAUAUAUUGUCGGAAGUUACGUAACACUCAAUUACAAACUACGUCACCUGAUGAUCUCACAAUACAGGAAUCUCUAAAAUCGGGAUGUCAGUAUAUGGUUGUCGAUUGUGGGGGAGGCACUGUUGACGUCACAGUACACAUGAUUGUUGGAAGCAAAACUCUUCAGGAAGUCCGUGCUGCAAGUGGUGGAGCUAUGGGAAGCGUUGCUGUUGACGCAGAAUUUGAACGAUUAUUGAGAGACAUUUUUGGCGAUGAUUUUAUUGAAGAGUUUAGAAGAAAACGACCAGCAGGAGCAGUUGAUCUAUUCGUUGCAUGGGAGUCGAGGAAACGAUCAGCCAGUCCAAGCAAGAAUUGCUCGUUAAAUAUUUCUUUACCUUUUUCUUUCAUUGAUUUGCAUCGGAAACUAAAGCAGGCAUCUGUAGACGAAGUUGUCAAGAAGUAUAACGAUCCCAAUGUUAAAUGGUCGUCACAGGGAAUGCUUCGUAUCACACCAGCUCUUAUGAGAAGACUAUUUCAACCAACGUUAGAUGCCAUCGUGAACCACGUAGCAUCACAAAUCGAUUCAAGAAUCUCACACUUGUUCUUAGUGGGAGGUUUCGCCGAGUCUCCGUUGCUACAGCAACAGUUACGUAAUGCUGUUGGCGACAGAGUUCGCGUUAUAAUACCCAAUGACGUCAGCCUUACAAUAUUAAAGGGAGCGGUUCUUUUCGGUUUGGAUCCGACUACAGUGCGCAUGCGAACGAGUCAAAUGACGUAUGGCGUUGGAAUUCUGAAUGCAUUCGACGCAUCAAAACAUCCCGCUCAUAAAAGAUUGAUCAGAGAUGGCCAUGUCUGGUGCACAGAUAUAUUUGAUGCUUAUGUCAUUGCAGGGAGCAUGGUCGGACUCGGAGAUGUUGUACAGAGGAGCUACGCCCCAGUACGACGCGACCAAAACACUGUCGUCAUAAAUCUUUAUUCAUGCGAAAGGUCGGAUGUAAAAUUCAUUGACGAAGAAGGAGUAAGAAAAUGUGCUACGUUACGUGUGCAUCUACCUGUGACGACAUCAGCAGGAAUGACGUCAUCUGCGAAUCGAAAAUCAUCAAAACGAGAACUGCAAAUUUCUAUGAUGUACGGAGACACGGAAAUCAAAGUGCAUUGUCUUGAUGUCGUCACCGGGACUAAAGUGAAUGCGAGCAUAGACUUCUUGGCGAAAUAAGACAGCAUUUAUCAGUCAAAGAUGCGAACGAUGCAUGUUGCUUGGUUUGGCCAUUCUUGAUAUACUCUUGAACUCGUAGGGUUGGAAAAAAGAGUUAUAUGACUGCAUAAUUGUAUGUAAAAGCGCUUCUUCCAAUACAAAUGGAAUCUACAUUUGAAAAUUUCAAAAAUGACAUAUAUAUAGUCGUAAUGCAUACAUACUGCAUAUAUACUGCUAGUCGUAACUACCUUUCAAAAUUGUCAAACCGUCAUGUCAUCUCAGUCUAGGAAUCAAAACGAAAGUAUUAAAGCAUGCAUGCAUUCCUAGCUUCGUUAUGUUAUAUAUGUUGUAUAUUUUUUUAAAUCAACGCCACGAUAACAUAAAAUUGUAUUUCAAUAAAUUGUGAUAAACGC